AUGUCGACUACCACCGCGACGGCGAUCCAAAGCUCGCGCCCCCCCAUCAUCCCCAAAGACUUCUCCGCGCAACAACCCAAAACAAUCCGCCUGUACCCCCUCUCCAACUACACAUUCGGAACCAAGGAAACGCAACCGGAGGAGGACCCGUCCGUUUUGGCGCGUCUAAAACGUCUCGAGGAGCACUACGACCUACAUGGCAUGAGACGCACCUGCGAGGGUGUCCUCGUCUGCCACGAACACAACCAUCCUCAUGUGCUGAUGCUGCAGAUUGCCAACGCGUUUUUCAAGCUCCCCGGCGACUACCUCCACUUCGAAGACGACGAAGUCGAGGGCUUCAAGAAACGGCUCAACGAGCGUCUCGCCCCCGUCGGCUCUCAGUUCUCGGGCGAAGGCGUUAACGAAGACUGGGAGAUCGGUGACACGUUGGCGCAAUGGUGGAGGCCGAACUUCGAGACGUUCAUGUACCCGUUCCUCCCGGGACAUGUGACUCGGCCGAAGGAGUGCAAGAAAUUGUAUUUCAUCCAAUUGCCGAAGAAGAAGGUCCUCUCGGUCCCGAAGAACAUGAAACUCCUCGCCGUCCCACUCUUCGAACUAUACGACAACACGGCCCGGUAUGGCCCUCAGCUCUCGGCUAUCCCGCACUUGCUGUCGAGAUACAACUUUGAGUUUGUCGAUGAGAACGACAACGUGGUUGCCGCGACGCCGGGCACGCCCUUGCCGGAUCAUCAGAUCCCCCGGACGAAGGUGCUGGCUGGUGAUAGCGGUGAUGGACAGGAUGAGGGGAUGGCGGACUACCCUUCUGGAGAGGGCGAGAACGGGGCUAGUGCGUAG